AUGGAGGCAGAGUUGCAAUGUUCAAAUGGUAUACAAAGCAUGGAAAGGAAGCUGAGAAUAGCUUGCCAUGCUAGUGAUGCUAAUAUUGAUAAUGUUCUUAAGCACAUGUGUUAUUUGAUUGUUGCCAUGAGAGCUACUGUUGUAGAACAUGAAGUUUAUAUAGCUAGUAGCAUGUUCUCUCUUUCAAGAUUGCAAUACUCAUUGAUUAUGAGAGAUUUGAGGGAUGUAAAACAGGGUGUCGAGAAAAGUAAACUACUAAAGCUUGAUGAAGGAUUUCUUUUGACCAUUAUGCUUGAAAAUUUUGAUACUGCUGCUGCAAUUUCUUUACUUGAGAUAACGGAGCUUGAUGUGUACAAGACGAGUGCUGCAGAUAUGCAAGGUUCUACUACCAGAGCUGAUGGUGAGAGUUAA